AUGGAGGUGGCGUAUUCCAGGAUAAUAAUAUAUUCAUGUUUAAUUUUCGGAACUGGAUUUCUGUGUGACGGAAAACUCGAAAGACGACAAGCAGUAUCAUCAUGCUCAGAAAACAAUGAUGAUAACUUUGUUUGUACAAAUGGACUAUGCAUCGAAUGGUCUUUGGUUUGUGACGGCCAUAAAGAUUGUUCAGAUGGUUCAGACGAGACCAAAGAGUUGUGUGCUCGAUACGAGUAUGGAAAAAAUAUGAACAUGGAUUGUGGUAAGGACGUUGGAAAUAAAACGGUAGAUGGAACACCUUGGCUAGUUUAUAUACAUAUGAUGGAACCCAAAAGAGUAAUUUUAGGGAUAGGAUCAAUUAUUGCUCCAAAUGUAGUCGUUGCUAUGGCUGAAACUUUUUGGAGAUACGAUUUAAAAUAUAAGCAAAAUUUGAUAGACGAUGGGGGUGGAUAUUCGUAUAAAGUUGAAAUACUUGCAAGAAAAACUAAUAUUAAUAAUCCCAGUUAUAUCAAUGUAAAAAUGAUUUACUUUGUUGAAGAUUUUAAUACAAGUAUGGCCUCUAAUGCUUACGAUUUAGCAGUUGUUGUGUUAGCAGACAAAAUUUCGUUUAGUUAUGGUAUUUCACCUGUUUGUAUUGAUUGGUAUAAUAAAUAUGGAAUACCUGUUCGCGGUACUGUUCAGAUUUAUAAGGUUCAAAGGUCGUUAGAUGGAAUCUUUUCUACUCAAAAAUUAUAUAUGACUGGAUGUAAUUUACACACCAACAACAGUUCUUGUCGUCAUUUGUAUGAUACAUACAAUUUUGCAGAUUCAGUGACUUAUGAUAAGUUUUGUAUCAGAACAAUUAUGGAAAAUUUAGAAGGAGAGAAAUAUCACUACGAAAACAUCAACAUCUUACACUCUAAUUCUUAUUUUUUAACCGGUCUAAAGAGUUCCUGGAGUACAUUAAAUAACCAAACAGCCUUAGGUUUUAUAGACAUAAAAUACUAUAUUCCAUGGAUUCGUGGUAUUUUGAACAAACAUACAUUUAAAAACGUCUCUGUAAAGGGUACAGUGAAUUCCAGCGUUCUACCAACUAUCAAAAUGUGUCCACCUCUACUAUCAGAUAGUUUAGAUAUUAAAUGCACUCUUAAUGGUGGGUAUGCUGAUUGCACAAAUCCAUCGAUACCUAACACAAUAGCAACAGCAUCAUGUAAGCCAACAUAUAGUGCAAAAAAUGGACAACAAGAUACCCCACUAAAGUUACUUUGCCAGUCUAAUGGAAUGUGGAAUAAGCAAUUACAAACAUGCAAACCAUAUAAUUCCCUAAUUCAAGCUAAUUUAUGCGUUUUACCAACUGUCCAAGGAGUUGUAUAUACUUAUGAAGAUUCAAAUGAAAUUUUAUCUCACGGGACAUUAAUUAAUCAUACCCUGACUGUAAAUGAGAACUGUGAAGUUGGAUAUCAUAAAGCUUAUCCCAAUAGUUUUAGAGUUUGUCAGAGAAAUGGAAAAUGGAAAACUGUUUCUGAGAAUUUAUGUUUGAAAAUGUGUCCACCUCUACUAUCAGAUAGUUUAGAUAUUAAAUGCACUCUUAAUGGUAAGCAUGCUAAUUGCUCAAAUCCAUCGAUACCUGACACAAUAGCAUCACCAUCAUGUAAGCUCACACAUUCUCUACCAAAUGGGCAAGAAGAAACACCACUCGACAUACAUUGUCAGUCCAACGGAUUAUGGAAUAAUAAACUAUAUAGAUGCGAACCAUUUUGCGGUAGAGUUUAUAUCAAGAGCCAAGUAUUGAUAAACAAUGGUGAAAAAGCAAAUGUUGGAACGGCGCCUUGGAAUGUAGGAAUAUAUCGAUUAAAUAAAAAAAAUUUCAAUUAUGAUUUGAUAUGUGGAGGAUCAAUUAUUUCUCCAAAUUUAGUCGUUUCUGCGGCUCAUUGUUAUUGGGAACAAAGUAUGGUAUCGAAUACAAUAUCAGUAAAUGAUGGUCUAUACAAAAUUGCUGUUGGAAAAUAUUCUAGGGAUUUUACAGUAAUUGACAAUAAAUUUACUAAUAUAAUGGAUGUGGAAAUUGUUUACCUAAGAGAAGGUUAUUAUGGAGUUACUGGGCAUCUUGCUGAAGAUAUAGCUAUUAUUGUGUUAAAACACAGAAUUUCUUUUAGUACUGUUGUUGCGCCGGUUUGUAUCGAUUGGAAAAUGAAAUACAAUGUAAUCAAUGGAGAUAAAGGAAAGAUUGUUGGUUGGGGAACAACGGAAGAAGGCAUUGAUAGUCCUAUUUUAUUAGAAGCUUCUUUACCAUACAUUGACCAAAAUUCUUGCCGGAAUAUGUAUACAAACGGAUUUGAAUCAUAUGUGACUGUUGAUAAGUUUUGUGCCGGCUCAGAAUCGGGACAAAGAGUAGAUAAGGGAGAUAGCGGUGCAGGUUUAUGCUUUUUACACUCUCAGUUUUAUUUUUUAACCGGAGUAGUGAGUUCCAGGGAUCCAGAAACAAAUAAUUCAAUCGCAAUUUUUACAGAUGUUAAGUACCACAUUCAAUGGAUUCGUAAACUGUUUAUCACACAUAACUAA